UUUUCGAUAGGUUAUGCCACUCACUUGGUAGGCAAGUGGCAUCUUGGUUUCUACAAGUGGCCUUAUGUUCCAACUAAGAGAGGUUUUGACACCGCUUACGGAUUCUGGGACGGUUCCGAGGGCCACUUCAAUCACAAACGGUUAGGAGUGGUUGACUUUCGUGACAAUUUGGAGCCAGUACUGGAUUUGAACGGCACUUAUGCUACCAAUGCCUAUGUGAAUCGAGUGGAGAGAAUCCUACAAACACAUGACUCCUCACAGCCGCUAUUCAUGUACAUGGCGUUCCAAAACGUCCACGCGCCGAUCCAGGCUCCAGAGAAGUACAUUGAAAAGUACGAAUUUAUAAAGGACAAAACGAGAAGAGUGCACGCUGCCAUGGCAGAUAUCUUGGAUGAGGCUGUGGGUAACAUAACAGACGCAUUUAAAACAGCAGGGUUAUGGAACGACACAAUUUUGAUAUUCAGCACGGACAACGGAGGUCUUCCAUUUUAUGGCGGAUACAAUUGGCCUCUUCGAGGAAAGAAAACGACAUUAUGGGAGGGAGGGGUUAGAGGAGUUGGAUUUGUGCACAGCAAUCUGCUGGCGAGGAAGGGAGUCACGUGUAAGGAACUGUUGCACGCGACGGACUGGUACCCAACCAUUCUGGGACUGGCUGGGGUGACAAGCAUAGAUAAAAGUCCUAUUCCGCUAGAUGGACAUGAUGUGUGGGACACGAUUUCGCUCGGGAAACCUUCUGCGCGCGCUGAAAUAUUACAUAACAUUGAUCUAUCUGGCGCUGUUUCACCAGCGUCUGAUAUCUUGGGUGGUUAUACCGGGAUCGCUCUCAGGAUGGGCGAAAUGAAGCUAUUGAUGAAUGUGCCUAAUGACACGUGGUAUAAGCCGACCGAGCUAGGUGGAAAACCGGAAAGAAAAGUUCCUUUGGAUGCAGAGCUUGAGUUUCCGGAUGUGGUCGAUUUUUUGGAAGUUGCGCUUUAUAACAUAACCGCUGACCCAGAAGAACGCACAGAUCUGAGUAAAACACUCCCAGAUGUUGUUAAGAAGAUGCAGACGAGAGUGAAGGAUUACAUGAAGUCUUCAGUGCCGCCGCUUUAUCAAAAGCCUGAUCCUGAGGCGUUGAAGACUGCUAAGAAAAAUGGAAUAUGGGGCCCUUGGAGAGACUGAAAACUGAAAUCCAAAAACCAGUUUUGUAACUCUUCAACGAGGUUUUCUGCU